AUGUCACCGUACCUAGAAGAGAACGGCACGGCGACUGUCCAUCGUCACCAAGCUAAGGAUACACCCAGGGUCACCCCACCAUCACCUCAAUCAGAGAAGAGACCGGACGGUGUCGCAGACUCAAAGACUGUCUCCCCAGGUAUCUUCGAAGACAACGAACGCCACGAGCCGGAACGCGCCCCUUUGAGAACAGUAUUCCCAGCUCUUGAGCUCGAGGAGCAUGCUGUGGACGAGCACGAAAGCCGUCGAGCUAUUGUUGUUGGUGCUGGUCCAGCAGGAAUCACAGCUGGAAUCUUACUUCAACACAAGGUUCCUGGUCUCGAUCUGACAAUACUGGAACGCAACUCGGACGUCGGUGGCGUGUGGAAUUCCAACAUCUAUCCUGGUGUCCGUUGUGACGUGCCAUCUGAUGUCUACCAAACGACAUUCUCGCCUAAGACUGACUGGUCUGCGAAUUACGGACGUGGAGCUGAGAUCAAGGCGUACUGGAAAGGUCUCGUUGCCAAAUACAAUCUUGGCAACACGAUCCAGCUCUCGCAUCGGGUACUAGAAGCUCGCUGGUCGGAGGCACUCGCCAAGUGGCAGAUACGUGUCGAACACUUGGGUGCCGUCAGAGUCGAGGAGGCUGACUUCCUGAUCACCGCCACAGGUCAUUUCAGCGACCCCAGGCUGCCGUCAUAUCCAGGCAUCGAGACUUUUCAGGGACACCUUAGGCAUACAUCAAACUACGACCCAGCAUUUGACGCAGCGGGUAAGAGGGUGGCAGUCAUCGGCAACGGUGCUAGCGGUAUCCAGGUAUUGCCCCAGCUGCAGAAGGUCGCCAAGUCGUUGGACCAUUAUGCAAGGUCUCCAACAUGGAUUGCUGGCUCAUUUGGUGGUGAGAAGAUCCCCCCGUCCACAUCAGACUCACGAGAGCUUGCUCCUCAAGAUGCGCAAGGCUACACGCAGUUUCGCAAAUCCAUCGAGAACAAGUCCUUUGAUCGCUUCAGCAUCAUCUUCAAAGACCAGCUGCCGAACAAGAAAGCCCGUGAAACUUUCCAAGGACUCAUGGCAGCACGUCUGGGCGACAAGCGAGACGAGCUGCUCGAUGCAGUGACUCCGUCGUUCUCCCCCAACUGCCGACGCUUGACACCCGGCCCUGGCAUUGCUACUCCCGGUUACCCCAACUUGUUCUUCCUUCUUGGUCCCAAUAGCACCGGGCCCGGUGGCACGCUUCCACAUAGCCUAGAGAACAGUGUGACCUAUAUCGCGAAAGUGCUACGCAAGGUCAGCAGCCAGCGCAUACGUACCAUUCAGCCAACGGAAGCGGCAACGAGAGAUUUCCGCGCCUACUGCGAAAGCUUUUUCCCAAGGACGGUGAUGAGCGAGAAUUGCAGCUCAUGGUACAACGGCGGAAUCAACGGCGGCCGCAUACAUGGAAUAUGGCCUGGUAGCGGUAGUCAUCUGAACAUUGUGAGGCGCCAGGUCCGAUGGGAAGAUUACGAAUACACGUACUUAAAUCGCCAAGGCAAUCGUUUUGGCUACUUUGGAAACGGAUGGAGCGUAAAGGACAUUCAAGCAGCAGAACUGGCCACAAGUAAGCAAGAGACAACGGGCGAAGACGGCGAACGGGAGGUAGACUUCUCGUCGUAUUUGAAGCCCGAAGCUGUGGACGGGAAAUUGGAUCUCAGGGAUUAUCAUGAGAGCUGGUGGGAUCUAUGA